GAUGCGUUAUCACUUAUCACUGAUAAGAGAUAAGCGCUGAUAGCGGCUGCCAGUACGAGCCGAGUUGUGGUAAACGAUGUACCCGGAUACGUAGAAAUAUGGAGACAGAAACGAUAAUAAUCGUGAGCGUGUUCAGCGCCGCGUGGUUCGUCCUCCUGCUCGUCUGCAUCAUCCUGUGCACGCAGGUCUCCAGCCUGAGACGGAAGAUCCACGACCUGAACAAUACAGGCCGACUUCGUGUACAGAAACUGCAGAUGAGUCCGGAAGGAAACCACGCGUUCAACAACCCAGCGCUAGUCCCUGAUGAGGAACUGUCUCGGCGCGGCUUCUCCAUGUACCAGGCUUCCGACGGCGACCUGGAGAGUGGCCGAGGUACUGAUCGGCAGACGGGUGGGGAGUUCGUAGAGGAACUAUCGCGUAAGAUAGACGACAGACAGCAAAGGCAGAGCCAAGCCAACGGUCACCCGCCACCCUUCUUACUCCAGAGUAUAGAAGACAGCAAGAAGAAGACCAGAAGUAUGGUCAAUCCCGUGGCGAACCCAGGCCGACAUAGCAACACAAAUCCGAAUUUUAUCUAUUAAUUAAUUGUAAAGCCAUAAAUUAAUUGACCCUUUUAAAGCCAUUAGUACUCUAUUUUCUUUGUCAUCGAGUAAAUUGUAAUAUUGUCUCAGAUUUAAGCACAGAGGACGCAAAUUGUGCUUAUUUUUGAAACAAUGUUUCUAAAUCCUAUUCGGUUUUUUGUGUUGCUAAAAAUAUUUAUAUUGUCAAAUUUGCAGUCGCUUCCUCUACAAACCAACGCAACGGAAGCUUAUGAGUAAAAAUGCAGUAAUUUUCACUGAUUUUCAUAACCUGAAAAUUAAGUUGAAAUUUUAAGACUAUUGUAAUUAUAGUUUUAAUAAAACUUAUUUAAUUA